CGCCGCUGCCGCCGCUGCCGCCCGGCCGCUAUGGAUCUAUUCGACUUUUUCAGGGACUGGGACUUGGAGCAGCAGUGUCACUAUGAACAAGACCGUAGUGCACUUAAAAAAAGGGAGUGGGAGCGGAGGAAUCAAGAAGUCCAGCAAGAAGAUGAUCUCUUUUCUUCAGGCUUUGAUCUAUUUGGGGAGCCCUACAAGACAAACAAAGGGGAUGCACUUGCCAACCGAGUCCAGAACACGCUGGGAAACUAUGAUGAAAUGAAGGAUUUGCUAACUAACCAUUCUAAUCAGAAUCAUCUAGUGGGGAUCCCAAAGAAUUCUGUGCCCCAGACUCCCAUCAACAAAAAUGAACCGAGCUUUUUCCCAGAACAAAAGAACCGAAUGCUCCCAUCUCACCAGGAUAGCACUCAUCCCUCAGCACCAAUGCCUCCACCUUCCGUCGUGAUACUGAAUUCCACUCUCAUACACAGCAACAGGAAAUCAAAAUCUGACUGGUCACGUGAUAGUCAUAACGCUAACAUUGUCCCAGCCAACCAGGCCAGUGGUCAGCCAAACAAGCUGCCGCCGUCUACACAGGACCAACCCCUAGCCCGACUGGAAGACUUCUUUGUCUACCCAGCUGAACAACCCCAGGUUGGAGCCACUGAAGAGUCAAACGUGUCUGCAAAGGAAGACAGUAGUCUCAAGUCCAGUGCAGGGGAUACAUUCAAAGAAAUCUUUCAGUCCAUCUCAUCAGAAGAAUCUGAAUUUACAGUGCAAGCUCCUGGGUCUCCCCUAGUUGCCUCCUCUUUGUUAGCUCCCAGCAGUGGCCUUUCAGUUCAGAACUUUCCACCAGGGCUUUACUGCAAAACAAACAUGGGGCAGCAAAAGCCAACUGCAUAUGUCAGACCCAUGGAUGGCCAGGAUCAGGCACCAGACGUCCCUCCAACACUGAAACCUUCCAUUGAAUUUGAGAACAGCUUUGGGAAUCUGUCAUUUGGAUCACUCUUGGACGGAAAACCCAGUGCAGCCAGUUCAAAGCCUAAACUGCCAAAGUUCACGAUUCUCCAAACAAGUGAAGUAAGCCUUCCCAGUGAUCCAAGCUGUGUUGAAGAAAUCUUGCGGGAGAUGACCCAUUCCUGGCCUGCUCCUCUCACUGUCAUGCAUACUUCCGGAAACUCCGAGAAGAACUCACUUUGCAUCCCAGGACAGGAAUCCCAACACCUGACUCCAGGAUUCACCUUACAAAAGUGGAGUGACCCAACCAGCAGAGCUUCUACGAAGUUAGUAUCACUGGAGGCGAUGCUUGAGGACGACCUGAAGCUGAGCAGUGAUGAAGAUGACCUUGAGCCUGUAAAGACCUUGGCCACUCACUGCACCGCCACUGAGCUCUACCAGGCUGUUGAAAAGGCAAAACCCAAGAAUAAUCCUGUAAACCUACUCUUGGCUACACCUCAGCCGCCACCCGCAGUGCCAGCCAGUGGGGGAUCCGGCAGCUCCAGUGACUCUGAAAGCAGCUCUGAGUCAGACUCAGACACCGAGAGUAGCACCACCGACAGUGAAUCCAAUGAGGCCCCUCGUGCAGCCACUCCAGAGCCUGAGCCACCCUCCACCAACAAGUGGCAGUUGGAUAAAUGGCUUAACAAAGUGACAUCCCAGAACAAGUCAUUUAUUUGUGGCCAAAAUGAAACACCCAUGGAGACAGUGUCUGUGCCUCCUCCUAUCAUCCAGCCAAUGGAAGUCCAGGUCAAAGUGAAAACAACCCCCAGCCAGAUCCUGGCUGAACCCAAAGAGAGGCCUCUCCUCAGUCUUAUUAGGGAGAAAGUCCGUCCACGGCCAACCCAGAAAACGCCAGAAACCAAGGCUUUGAAGCAUAAGUUGUCGACAACUAUUGAGACAGCCUCUCAAAGGACGAUUGGGAAAAAACAGCCCAAAAAAGUCGAGAAGAACACCAGCAUUGACGAGUUUACCUGGCCCAAACCAAAUAUUAUCAGCAGCACCCCCAAAGAAAAAGAAAGCAUGGAGCUUCCUGACCCACCAAGAAGCCGCAACAAAGUCACUGCCCACAAACCAGUCCCUAGGAAGGAACCAAGGCCAAACGUUCCCCUGGCUGCCGAGAAAAAGAAGUACAGAGGGCCUGGCAAGAUUGUGCCCAAGUCCCGGGAAUUCAUUGAAACGGAUUCGUCCACGUCCGAUUCCAACACUGAUCAGGAAGAGACCUUACAGAUCAAGGUCCUGCCUCCUUGCAUUGCUCCGGGAGGCAAUACCGCCAAAUCCAAGGAAGUCUGUGGUGCCAGCUUGACCCUCAGCUCUUUGGUCAGCAACAGUAGCAACAACAGCCUAACCACCGUUACUGAAGAGCCUGCAUUUUCACCCAUCCCUGUCAUGCAAACCGAGCUAUCCCCACUACGAGAUCACGAGAACCUGAAAAAUCUGUGGGUGAAGAUUGACCUUGACCUGCUGUCUAGAGUACCUGGCCACCACUCACUGCAAGCGACACCAGCCAAGCCAGACCCCAAGGAGCCUGCAUCCAAGCCCAAGCGCCAGACCACCACUGCAGCUGCUGAAAAACCCAUCCUGAAGGGCAAGCGUAAACACAAGCCAACAGAGAUCGCAGAGAAAAUCCCUGAAAAGAAGCAACGCCUGGACGAGACCCCCGCUAUCUGCCUGCUGCCCCCUUGCAUCUCACCAGCGCCACCCCACAAACCUCCGCACAGUAAAGAGAACAGUUCAUCCAGGAGAGCAAACAGAAGGAAGGAAGAAAAGCUGUUUCCUCCUCCACUUUCCCCACUGCCAGAGGACCCUCCACGCCGCAGAAACAUCAGUGGCAGCAAUGGCCCCUUUGGUCAAGACAAGAACAUCCCUAUGAUCGGACAGAUCACCUCUACUAAACCGAAGAGAAGUGAAGGCAAAUUCUGUGCUACUUUCAAAGGGAUAUCCGUAAAUGAUGGAGACACUCCAAAAAAGACAAGCUCUGCUGCCAUUACGGUUACCAACACAGCUAUUGCCACUGCCACUGUCACUGCUACUGCCAUUGUCACUGCCACUGUCACAGCCACUGCAACUGCCACGGCCACAGCCACUACCACAACCACUACCACAACCAUCUCCACCAUCACCUCCACAAUCACUACAGGCCUCAUGGAUAGCAGUCACCUGGAGAUGGCAUCCUGGGCAGCCCUGCCUCUUCUGUCCAGCAGCACCGCCAAUGUCCGGAGACCCAAGCUCACUUUUGACGACUCGGUUCACAAUGCUGAUUAUUACAUGCAAGAGGCUAAGAAGCUGAAGCACAAAGCUGACGCACUGUUUGAGAAAUUUGGCAAAGCCGUGAAUUACGCCGAUGCAGCCUUGUCCUUCACCGAAUGUGGCAAUGCGAUGGAGCGUGACCCUCUAGAAGCCAAGUCUCCCUAUACCAUGUACUCUGAGACCGUGGAGCUCCUCAGGUAUGCGAUGAGACUGAAGAACUUUGCAAGCCCCUUGGCUUCGGAUGGGGACAAAAAGCUGGCGGUAUUAUGCUACAGGUGUUUAUCACUUCUCUACUUGCGGAUGUUCAAGCUGAAGAAGGACCAUGCUAUGAAGUACUCCAGAUCACUGAUGGAAUAUUUUAAGCAAAAUGCCUCAAAAGUCGCUCAGAUACCGUCUCCCUGGGUAGGCAAUGGAAAGAACACUCCAUCCCCGGUGUCUCUCAACAAUGUCUCUCCCAUUAACGCAAUGGGCAGCUGUAACAACGGCCCGGUCACCAUUCCCCAGCGCAUUCACCACAUGGCCGCCAGCCAUGUCAACAUCACCAGCAAUGUGUUACGGGGCUACGAACACUGGGACAUGGCCGACAAACUGACAAGAGAGAACAAAGAAUUCUUCGGCGAUCUGGACACACUGAUGGGGCCCCUGACCCAGCACAGCAGCAUGACCAACCUCGUUCGCUAUGUUCGCCAAGGACUGUGUUGGCUGCGCAUCGAUGCCCAUUUGUUGUAGUGGGGGCCCCCAUCUCCAGCAUCACCACCCUUCACUCUACCUCUACCAGAGCACCAAUGGUCACUGGUGGAACUCCACUCACUUUGGAAAGUUCUCUUUGCUUAUGUUUGUUUUUAUGCUUCUUUUGAUAUCUGUGAAAAACAGAAGUUAUUGUAAGUGGACACUACAACUUGAGAGCAGUAUGUUUUAUUACUUAGUCAUUUUUCAGUAUUUUAUAUGCAUUUCUCAGAUCCCACCAUCCUUUUGUGCUUGAUACAAUGAUACAGUCCCUACAAUAUUGUUUUAAGCCCACACUACCCAAAACAAAAAAUGGGAAGUACUUCAUUUCCUGAGAAAUGAAAUGAA